CGCUGGCGGGGGGCGGGGCUUGUAGUCCCGUUCAGAGAAAGUGCCACGACUCUGCAGCCUGACUGACCGCGCUGAGGUGAGCACCGCAACUCUCAGACUUCCUGUGGGACACUCUGGUCAGUCAUGGACGUCUCAGACCCGCAGACUCUCGGCUUCAUGGUCUUUGGAGGCUUCAUGCUCAUCUCGGCGGUGGGCAUCGCCCUCGUCUCCACCCUGUCCAUGAAGGAGACGUCGUACGAGGAGGCGCUGGCCAAACAGCGGCGCGAGCUCGUCCAAGCCCAAACCCAGAGAUCAGAGAAGAAGAAGAAGGACAAGACGCUGGAGAAGAAAAGCAAAGCCAAGAAGAAGGAGGACCGACCCGAUGGAAAGCUCUCAGAACCAGGCAGUGACGGCAGCGAGGACCCUGUGGUGGUGACCUGCACAGAACCAGAAUCAGACCCAGAAUCUGCUGCAGAACCUGACGCUGUGCCUGAACCCAAACCAACACCUGAACCAGAACCCGCUGUGAUGACCUCCGUGGAGUCUCCACCAGCCCACUCACCAAAGGACAAGAAGAAGAAGAAGUCGGCCCAGAUGGAGCCAGCUACUGUGGUGGAAACCAUUGCUAAGGAAGUUCUGAUCUUGGCCGUGGCCCCGGUGGUAGAUGUUCCUCCGGCGAACGUUGUCACUGAGGUCACCAAAGAAACGUCUGCUGCCAAAACUGAGGAACCCAAAGAGACCUCGAGCAAGAAGAAGAAGUCCAAGAACAAACCUGAGUCAGUGUCCGUCACCGAACCUGCUGCCAUCUCCCGACUGCUGCCGUACGGCAAGCUGCUGUCCGCCGUGUCCAAUAUGAUGCUCAGCGACGACCAGACACACAAACUCAUGGAGGUCCUGAACCAGAAGGCCGGGGUCCGCCACGACUCCUGGCAGCUGGCCUGUCAGAAAGGAGACCCACUGUCCACUCUGAAGAAACAGCUGGAGGAGAAGGAGAAGCUGUUGACCGCAGAGCAGGAGGUCGCUGCCACCGCCAAGAGCCGCCUCAGAGAGAUCAGCAAGGAACUUGGUGCAGAGAAAUCCAAGAUGGAGGCCCAUCUGAAGUCGCAGCUGAGUGCUCGGGUCCAGGAGGUCGACGCCAUGAAGACCAGGAUGAAGACUGUUGACCAGGAACACCUGAAACACACCCAGCAGCUCAAUAAGAAGAUCGGGAGUCUGCAGGAACAGCUGGAGAACGGCCCCAACGCUCAGCUGGCCCGACUGCAGCAGGAGAACUCCAUCCUCCGAGACGCCCUGAACCAGGCCACCAGUCAGGCUGAGAGCAGGCAGAAUGCAGAGCUGGCUCGUCUCAGGCAGGACUGUGUCCGUCUGGGUCGGGAGUUGACGGAGCGGACCGACACCCUGCGUGCGGACGAAGUGCACAGGAAGAGCCUGGAGGCCAAGAUGGCUGCCGCCGAGCUGGUCCACGUAGACACUGAACGCGCUCUGCAGCAGCAGCUGGAGGAAGUGCGUUUGCAGCUGAGCGCGUCGCAGCAGGAAGCAGGUGCUGUUAGCGAGCUGCAGGGGGCGCUGGCGUCCAGAGAGGCUGAGCUGCAGGAGCUCAAGGCCCAGCUGGAGAACCAGGCUGCAGUCCAGGUGGAGAUCUCGUCGGAGGCGGAGCCGCUGAACACAUGUGUGCAGAACAGAGAUGAGCAGGUCCUCGCUCUGGAGGCGGAGCUCACACAGCUGAGGGAGGAGCUACGGCUGCUGACAUCAUCACAGUCACAGAGAGUGAAGGAGGACGAGUUUGAAGCAGCAGCUGGAGAUCAGGGAUCAGGAAGUGAGACAGAGUCUGAACAGCCGUUUGAAAGUCUGGAGGAAGACUCUCAGCUUCUUCGUCUGGAGGAAGAACUUCAGCAGCUCAGAGACGAGCUGCAACAGAGUCGUAACCAUGGCAACGAGCUGCAGGAGAAAGUGUCGUCAUCAGCGGAGGCGUUGUCGACCGCAGAGCGACUGAUGGAGCAGAGAGAGGUGGAGCUUAAAGUGGCGCUGACUGAAGCCGAGUCCAGGUUCGAGUCCCUGUGUUCAGACUUCCAGGCGUCACUGCAGGUUCUGUUUCCUGGCGUCUCUGUGGAGGCGGAACAGACAAACUGGCUGGAACGUUUCACUCAGAAGGUUCAGGAGAGGAGCAGUGAAGCAGAGAGGUCUCACUCUGAGCUGCAGCUGAGGCUGGACGAGGCUGAGCAGGGACGGAUGGAGCUGCAGGUUCAGUUUGAUCAGAGCAGGAAGCUGCUGCAGGAGACGGAGGCGGAGCUUCAGUCGGCGCAGCGACGUGCUGAAGACGAAGGAAACAUCUGGAAGAAUAAAGUGUCAGAGGCUGAGCAGCAGAAACAAACAGUCCUGGAUCAGCUGAAGCUGCUGGAGGUCGAAGUUCAGGAGACGAGGACGGAGACAGGAAACACUCAGCAGCUGAAGGAGCAGCUGAUGUUGUUGGAGGCACAGCUGGAGAAACAGCUGGAGGAGGCCAGCUUCAGUCAGAGCUGCAGUGAGGAGCUCGCUCAGGUGCAGGCUCAGUUGCAGCACGUGUCCGUCAGGUUGCAGUCGGAGCAGCAGCAGCGGCAGCAGCUGGACAGACAGCUGCAGCAGGCUCAACAGGAAGUGAUGCGGCUGCAGCAGCAGGUGGAGGCUCCGCUCCAGGAGGUGAAGGAGGAGACGCCGGUGUGACGUCGCUCCGCUCCGACUGAUGAGCUCUGACAGCUGCUGUUGCCACGGUAACCACAGGUGUCACCAAACCAACCGAGACUGAAAACCGAAGAGUGAUGAACUUUGAACUUUGUGACUUCGACCUGCAACAGAGAGUUUGACUGAACACAAGGUGUAAUAACAUAAGUGUUAUUAUCGUAUUAUAAUCAUUAAGCCUCCGGAGUGGGAACACACAUUUCUAAUCAAUACAAAGAUUUUACAUCAAGUUUCAGUGAAAGAGGCCGAAACAAUAAUAAAUUCACUUUACAUGUAAAUGAACCGAGUCAUAUUUCUGCUGUAUUUGUCUUUUCAUGUUGAACUGCUCAAUAAUAAUAUUUUCAGUGAUUAUUGAUCAUUAUUUGAAGGUUUUUCCUCACGUUUGUUUUCUUCUGGCCCAGUACAGGCCCGGUUCCACGGCCCGAGUCUGGCCGCUUCAACAUCUGGCCCGGCUGUCAGUCAACACCAGAGAAUAACAGCCAGAAUCUGCCCAGAUGUGGAAGAACACGGGCCAGACUCGGGCCGAGGACCCAGACAGAUGUUGGGCCAGAUGUUUCAUGUUGAUCCAGACACAGAAGGAGAAACUGAACAGAUGAAAGCCAAUUUUAUUGAUCAAGUAACAUAAAUAGGACAAAUGUUUCACUGUACAUACAACCUGGAAAGCAAAGUAAAAAUAAAUAGUGUCACAGCAAUAAAUUAAAAGCCUGAAUGGAGUCGACUGUUAGUUGGAGUCAGUGACAUGAGAUGCUGAGUCACGUUCGUCUCCGAGGACGACAGUGCAGUUCGAUGGCUAUUUACACAAAUUUUACUUUAUACACGUUUUCAGUCCGAGUCGUUUCACACUCUUCAGUUCACAUUCUUCUUUUCACGAUAACUUCAGCAACAAUUUAAAAAACUACGAAAAGCAAAAAGCAGCGGCUGAUUAUUAAAAACCUUUAGUUACAUGUUACAACAGCGUCGUCACAGCUAUCAACGUUUCUUUAAUACGUGUUCAGUAUCAAAUACUUCAGUCAGCAGGUUACAAAAAUAUCACACACUCUUCUUUUUCCACCAGCGUCCUCAGUUCCCACAGCCUGGAGACGUCAGUGAACGCAGCAGCUCUCAACCCUAAGUUCAGCUCCUCAGAACCCGACCCUGUCACAUGACGUUCUGACCCUGUCACAUGACGUUCUGACCCUAUCACAUGACGUUCUGACCCUGUCACAUGACGUUCUGACCCUCUCAGCCUCCAGGCGUCCGAUCGGUGGACGAGAUCUCGUCGUCCAAUCAGAAUUUGGGACAAUGUGACAAACUGUUUCCGACGCCUCUGUCUUUCUGAGAAUCAAAGCUCGAUUUCAAAGGAUUCUGGGUAAUGAAAAUUUCUGAUAACGUCACUGUUCAGGAGCUUUCAGUCAUGUCAUGUGAUCUUCAUCAACAUACGAAAAACUACCGUUUUUUAGGCCAAUAAUUAUCUGAAUCCUUGAAGCCAAAAUGGAGUGUGAAGUCCAAUCUGUGAUGAAGAUCAUGACGCGUGAUCGAAGGCUCCUGAUGGAUCUUCAGGUGACGUCUGAUUGUCAGAAAACAGAUUGUGUGUAAAGAGAGAGAAACGUCUGGGACAAUGGAAACCUUUUAUACUUUGAUGGAUGAAAUCAUUAGAUUCAUUUUAAUUUAAAGAUUUAAUUCAUGGAUCUUUAGUUUUCAGUUUGAGUCGUUUCACACUGAAUUUAAAUGAAUUCAAAGAUCUAAUCAGAAACAGUUUGGAACCCGAACACCUGUGGGAGGAGAGCUGCUGAGUGGAGCCUCCAGUCUCAGAUCCUCUGGAGCUUCCGUCACUCUUCUUCAUGUGCAUACAAUCGCGGCUGAAGCGCCUGAAGCAGACGCCGCGCUGGAAGUGAAGAAACAUCUGGACACAGAUGCUGCAGGUUCUCCGGCGUGUAGCCACCGACUGAAGCCGACGACCUGUGGCUACAGCUUUCAUAGUCCAGCUCUGUGUCCACACACACACACACACACACACACACACACACACACACACACACACACACACACACACACACACACACACACACACACACACAC